UGAAUCUGGCUGGAGCUGGAGUCAAACUGCCGCCUCAAGUCUCUCCCUCUCUCUCUCACACACACAUACACACACGCACACUCACACUCACACACACACGCACACACACACACACACCGUCCGUUGUCUGUUGUAUGAUGUCUCCCCUCGCUGCCCGCCUGCUGCUGCUCGCCUGCCUGGCUUUGCCUCUUCACGGCGUGGAAAAGGUGAGAAACAGAGGAUACCGAAAGGAGCCUGACGCCGACAAGUGCACUGGAAAUGAUGCAGAAAAGCCCAACUGCACUAGACACACUGGAGAAGGAAGAUCUUCUUAUUUGACCAACAUGUAUGGCAGCUGCAUGCAGGGGCCUUCAGGCACCGCUGGCAGAGACGGUAACCCGGGGGCCAAUGGCAUUCCGGGGACGCCGGGCAUCCCCGGCCGCGACGGGCUCAAAGGCGAGAAAGGCGAGUGCAUCAGCGAGAUCUUCGAGGAGCCCUGGAGGCCCAACUACAAGCAGUGUGCAUGGAACUCUCUGAAUUACGGGAUCGACCUGGGUAAAGUAGCUGACUGUACGUUCACCAAGCUGCGUUCAGACAGCGCCCUCAGAGUCCUCUUCAGUGGUUCCCUCAGACUCAAGUGUAAGAACGCAUGCUGCCAGCGGUGGUACUUCACCUUCAACGGAGCAGAGUGCACAGGACCCCUGCCCAUUGAGUCAAUCAUCUACUUAGACCAGGGGAGCCCGGAGCUCAACUCAACCAUCAACAUCCACAGAACAUCCUCAGUGGAAGGCCUGUGUGAGGGCAUCAAAGCAGGGCUGGUGGAUGUGGCCGUGUGGGUGGGGACCUGCGCUGACUAUCCAAGAGGUGACGCGUCCACAGGCUGGAAUUCAGUAUCAAGGAUUAUCAUUGAGGAACUGCCUAAAUAAGAAACAGCCCUGGUAGUAUAAAAGCAUGUUAUCUGGCCCUCCAGAAUAGUCAGGUAUGGUUUUUGCUGAGGCAUUACAGCAUCACUGAUUGUAACUUGAAUGUUUUUGGGUUUUUUUUUUUUGUUUUGUUUUGUUAAUACUAUACUAGAUGACUAUAAA